AUUGUAAGACUAUUCUAUCAUCAUCAUCAUCAUCAUCAUCAUCAUCAUCAUCAUCAUCAUCAUCAUCAUCAUCAUCAUCAUCAUCAUCAUCAUCAUCAUCAUCAUCAUCAUCAUCAUCAUCAUCAUCAUCAUCAUCAUCAUCAUCAUCAUCAUCAUCAUCAUCAUCAUCAUCAUCAUCAUCAUCAUCAUCAUCAUCAUCAUCAUCAUCAUCAUCAUCAUCAUCAUCAUCAUCAUCAUCAUCAUCAUCAUCAUCAUCAUCAUCAUCAUCAUCAUCAUCAUCAUCAUCAUCAUCAUCAUCAUCAUCAUCAUCAUCAUCAUCAUCAUCAUCAUCAUCAUCAUCAUCAUCAUCAUCAUCAUCAUCAUCAUCAUCAUCAUCAUCAUCAUCAUCAUCAUCAUCAUCAUCAUCAUCAUCAUCAUCAUCAUCAUCAUCAUCAUCAUCAUCAUCAUCAUCAUCAUCAUCAUCAUCAUCAUCAUCAUCAUCAUCAUCAUCAUCAUCAUCAUCAUCAUCAUCAUCAUCAUCAUCAUCAUCAUCAUCAUCAUCAUCAUCAUCAUCAUCAUCAUCAUCAUCAUCAUCAUCAUCAUCAUCAUCAUCAUCAUCAUCAUCAUCAUAA